AUGAGUACGGCCGAAUCCGAUCUAGCGCUUCGGGUGUACAAGUGGGCGAAGCGGAAGAAGCUCAAUCUAGCUACAACUACAAUGCUUCUGGAGUUUGGCCUUGGUCUACCUGUGGAGCGGCCUUUGAUUCCUGUCGUCAGUUUUGAAGAACUGACGACAGGAAUCAAAGGCCGGGACAUGCGUGAUGCUGACGCCGUACUCUCGUUUCGUUUCGACGUCUCAGGGGUUCUUGAGCUCACGUCUCUGCUUGGCGUACCAAACGUUGUGAUCACAUCAUCACGGGAUCGAGUUACUGGUGUGGAGGCUAUGGCAAUUCUCCUCAAACGCCUUCGCUACCCCAUCACUUUUUACGACAUGCUUUCAACAUUUGGUCGGUCCCGUGAGCAACUUUGCCGCAUAUUCAACCACAUGAUCCAGUUUGUCUACACGACAUGGCGUGAUCACAUCUACUGCAACAAGCGUAUUGUUCGUGCCCGAAUUGCGCAGUAUGCCAGAGUCAUUCAGGCAAAAGGGUCACCACUUUCAAAUGUCUGGGCUUUUCCCGAUGGGACCAAGAUUGAAACGUGUCGCAUCAGCGCAUCCGCCAAUGGAGCAGUGGGAUUGAACUUGCAAAAACGGACGUACUCAGGCCACAAACGAAUGCACUGCCUCAACUUCCAAGGGUUGACGACCCCGGAUGGUCUGUGUAUUCACUUUUUUGGCCCCUUGGAAGGCAGUCGGCAUGAUGUCACGGUGCUCCGCAUAAGUCAGCUGCAAGAGUACUUUGAGGCCAAUUCGAACAUUUUCAAUGGCUACUAUAUUUACGGGGACCCUGCCUAUCCCAUUUCGAAAUGGAUCGUGUCUAGCUACAAGGGCAACAAUUUAGACGAGCAAAGACAACGCUUCAACACCGCCAUGAGCCGAGUCCGCCAAGGAGUCGAAUGGAACUUCGGCCGAAUGAAAAAUUUGUGGGGAUUUACAACCUACAAAAUGCAGCAAAAGAUUAUGCUAUCCAAUGUUGGGGCGGUGGUUCUCGUGGCUAUGUUCAUGACCAAUUGUAAUUGCUGCUACCACGGGGGAAACCAAAUUUCAUCCUACUUUGGCAUGGACCCACCGACACUCAAGGAAUACUUGACAUCAGAAUUCAGUGACAUUGUUUAA